AUGGCGAGAGCGCCAGCGCAGCGCACGAUCGCCACUCACAACAAGCAAGCCCGCGUGGGCAGCAGCAAGAGGACCAGGAAGGACAAGCCGGCCACGAAGCUGUCGGGCGCCAAGCGCAAGGGUCUCAGCAAAAAGAAGCUAGAACAGGCCAAGAAGGACCACCGACGCAAGAAACAGCGCCAGUACGAAAAGGCGCGGAAGCCUAGUUCACGACCGCGAUUGCCUGCAGGUGCAUACAUCGUCCUCCCAUUCGCGAAGGAUCCCAAGAAGGAGAAGGCUCCGAUGUUAGAAAACACACAUGCGUUGCGUUGCUCCUGCACAUCAGUUCUGCUUGCACAGGCGCCCGUUGUCAAGCAAGAGCCCUCAGACGUUGCGGUGUCGGCAGCGCAGCCCCAGGCUGUAGCGGCAUCCGUUCCUUCACAAGACCCUGGCACGGACGACCUGAAUGCCGAGCUCCUCCAGAAGUUUCGCAGUUUGCGGCAAGAGUACUACUACACCAAGCAAGAGCUGGAUCGACGCGCGGAGCACAUCACGAUGCUAGAAGGAUGCGUGCUGCCUAGCAUGUUUCCCACAUCCUAA